AUGGGCCACUUCCCCUUCCUUCGGCCAGCCGCCACCCUCUCCUCCUACAACUCCCACAUCACCUUCAUCACCGUCCACCUAGCCGUUAGCAUCGCCGAGUCCAACCACCUCUCCAACCACCCGAAAAUCGACCGCCUCCCUUUUCACCUCCCCCCACCAGAAAUUCGAGCUCACCAACGAGGACCCGUUUUUCAUUUACAUGGAGCCCAUCAAAACCUUCGCCCACCUUCUUUCGCCGUGUUGCUGCCACUCUACUAUCAUCGCCGAUUUUCUGGUCACCUCCAGCCUCGUCCGUUCUCGUGCCUCCCAACUACAUGUCUUCCUAUAUUUGCUAAUCAUGAUCUUGGCCAGAUUGUUCACCCUCAUGACCAAUCUCCCACGGCUAAAGCAGGAUCCAACUACAUGUCUUCCUAUAUUUGCUAA